GAUGCAGGAAGCGGAAGAGUCUUUGAAUAUUGAGUUUACAUUUUGGAGUUGCUUGUCGGACUGUGGGAAAGAAAUCAUAGUUUAUUCAUUAAAACAGUAAUUAAUUAGUUUAUUUUUUAAAGAUGGCUCUGCCACCCCAGUUAAAGUCCAUUCAACAUCACUUACGAACUGCCCAGGAGCACGAGAAAAGGGACCCAGUUGUGGCGUAUUACUGCCGUCUCUAUGCCAUGCAGACAGGAAUGAAACUUGACAGUAAAACGCCUGAAUGUCGUAAAUUUCUAGUGAAGCUAAUGGAUCAAUUGGAGACGAUGAAAAAGGAGUUAAGUGACAGUGAGUCCAUUUCUCAGGAGAUUGUUGGAAACGCCCACAUUGAAAACUAUGCUAUAAAAAUGUUCCUCUAUGCAGACAAUGAAGAUCGAUCAGGGCGGUUUCACAAGAAUAUGAUAAAGUCAUUCUACACUGCAAGUCUCUUGUUUGAUGUUCUUUCAGUGUUUGGUGAGCUUUCAGAAGAGAACAUCCAGCACAGGAAGUAUGCUAGGUGGAAGGCAACUUACAUCCACAACUGUUUGAAGAAUGGCGAGACGCCCCAGGCUGGGCCUAUUGGAAUGGAAGGGGAAGCAUAUGAUGAUGAAUAUGACACUGACGCCGGGGCAUCAUUUCAGCCUCUGCAACCUCCGCAGCCUUCCCAGCCAAGCUUCCCCACAGCCGAUACAGGUGGUGUGCCACCCUCCAACUUCAGCAACAUCCAUAUUCCACCAGGGGCCCACGCCCCGGCCAACACCCCUGCAGAGGUGCCUCCCACUACAGGAGAGGCUGUUAAACCUGUGCCUGUUCCUAGGAGCAUUCCUGCAGUUGACCCCUCACUGCUGAACACCAACCAGCAAGGUGAAGUUCGGCUCACACCAGAAGAUUACACCAGGGCUCAGAAAUACUGCAAAUAUGCUGGCAGUGCUCUGCAGUAUGAAGACGUCGGCACAGCAGUCCAGAAUCUGCAAAAAGCCCUCAAGUUACUUACUACAGGAAAAGAAUGAAACCUUUGUCUUCAGUGUCAGUGUAUCAGUUAUCUGGCCAAAAGAACCAAGAGGCUAUUACUCCACCCUCAGCUGUAUCUGAAGAAAGCAAUUCUGUUGAAGCCCUCAAAUUCACUAUAAACAACAAUGAAAUGUGUGUCUCUACUGGAUUCCUGCUGUAGCUUUUAUUGACAACCUAUUACUGAAAUAAUGAACUAUCUUGAACUGAAUCAUUUAAGCUUUUGAUGUUAAUUACUUCAUGUAAAACAGUGAAACACACAGGUAACAAAGUUAUGAUUUAUCAAACUUUUUACAGCAGCAGAGAAAUGAAUCUCAGCUGGCAUGCUUGUAUUUGCUAGGCCCUUUAUAUUAGUAAGCAAGUAAGAGUAAGGUAUCUGAAUUAACUCCAUUAAAAAUAGACUAAAAUGUUUCAGUUAGAGUCAACAUAUUUAGGCAGAAUGAAUGUCAUUUCUUAAGGACAUGCACUGUGCAGUUUUUUUUUUGUAGUGAAAGGUUUGCCAUUUUAGUUUGUUAAUAAAAUGAUUUUUGAGACUUAAAAGAUGAAAAUGUGUUAUUUCAAUAACUGUCAAUGAAGAGCAUUUUAUUUCUUGAUCAUUGAGUGACAUUUCUGGCUUGAUUGUCACUGUACAUCUAGAAAGCUGUGGUGACUCUUAAGAAAAAGGGUUUAUGCUUAAUCCAUAGCAGGCUUUCACAAUUUCUUAUCAUAAAGUAGCACCAAAGUUCCAGCUCUUUCUACUUACUGAGUUGUAAUGUUCCAUAGCUUAAGGUUAUACUGUAAAUGAACUGAAUUUGCUGAUUUUAUCUUCAGCUGACACCAUUGCAUACUGCUAACAUAAGAAAAUGUAUUAUUGUUUGUUAUUGGAAGUCUAAACAAGUUGAUCUAUCAAUUAAAUUGCCCAGUAAAACAUACAUAGAAAUGAA